GGUCGGUAGUGAGGGUGUACCUGAUGUGUUUACAUAACACUAAGGUUGCCUCUUUGAUAUAAAAGUUGUCAAACUGGUUUUGGUAAAAAGAAGGUCAAAACGUAGGUUCCUACGUGUAAAAACUAAAACGAUUAAAGCCGCCAGUAGCUGUAAAUCUGUAGACGGUACGUGUACAGGAGUCGUGUGCGGACACCUUGACAGGCUGAGGUCGUAGGAAGUGCCACAAGGUCAACUCAUACAGAGCUGAACUCCCUACUUUAUAUAGUUUAUAUAGUAUCAGUAGUUGUCAGCACCGAACCUGUGGCUUCAGUCAAUCGCACUUCCUUCUCAGGCGCAAAGUGUCACAUACGACACUCUGUCUCCAUGGAUCGAUUGACACCAAUGAAGGCCGGGAGGGGCGCCGUGAUCAUACCCUUUUUCUAUGCAAAAGUAUUCUUCGCUAUUGGCCUGAGUACCAUCGCGGCGAUGUUUUGCGUGUACGAACAAGCUGUCGACCUGCACCUGACGAUAGCCUUCGCCCGUCCACUGAACAUGGGUCGACGAGUCACUGAACACCCUAUGAACAUGGGCCGACCAGCCGAUGAAAAUCCUUUGAACAUGGGCCAACCAGCCAAUGAACACCCACUGAACAUGGGUCGACCAGUCACUGAACAUCCUAUGAACAUGGGCCGACCAGCCGAUGAAAAUCCUAUGAAGAUGGGCCAACCAGCCAAUGAACACCCACUGAACAUGGGUCGACCAGUCACUGAACACCCUAUGAACAUGGGCCGACCAGCCGAUGAAAAUCCUAUGAAGAUGGGCCAACCAGCCAAUGAACACCCACUGAACAUGGGUCGACCAGUCACUGAACACCCUAUGAACAUGGGCCGACCAGCCGAUGAAAAUCCUAUGAAGAUGGGCCAACCAGCCAAUGAACACCCACUGAACAUGGGUCGACCAGUCACUGAACACCCUAUGAACAUGGGCCGACCAGCCGAUGAAAAUCCUUUGAACAUGGGCCAACCAGCCAAUGAACACCCACUGAACAUGGGUCGACCAGUCACUGAACACCCUAUGAACAUGGGCCGACCAGCCAAUGAAAAUCCUUUGAACAUGGGCCAACCAGCCAAUGAGCAUCCACUGAACAUGGGCCGACCAGUCACUGCGUACAACCACCGGCCACUGAAGACCUUUCCGCACCAGCCCAUAGUAAGAAGGACAGACCACUUCAACAUGACAAACUUAUGGAAAGUGCGGGAACUUGCCAGGAAAUAUUUUGAUCCAAAGAAACAUAUUAUCUAUUUUUCGGACUUCGACAUCUUCAUGAAAGAAUGCAACGAAUUAAAAUUCACUCUUCGAGACUCACCUCAAAGCCCCUGCAACGUGGUGCACACGCCCAUCAAGCACUACCGGACAUGCGCAGUGGUGGGUAACGGCGGUAUACUCCUCCAUAGCGGCUGUGGUGCUGAGAUAGACGCUCACGAGUUCGUCAUCAGGUUUAACCAGCCGCCUGUACAUGGCCAUGAGAGAGAUGUAGGCAGCAGGACUAACUUCACGAUUGUAAAUGGAAAGCGACUGAAAGAGAUCAGCCGAACCCUGCGGUCUGUCCAUGGCAGGACAUUGAAGACUACCGUUACUCACAGAGAUCUUCAACUGUUCGAGUCGCCUGGGAUGAUCUUCAGUUACCCCUUUAUUUUCACAAGAAAAAGACAGGAAGAAAUGCGGAUAGUCGACAGUGCAAUCAAGAAGUACAACAAAACGACCAUUACUGCUUUCCCGGCAGUAUCGUUCCUAGACAGCAAACGGGUGUAUGAAAAACUUGUGGGGAAACGGUGGAACUUCACCUCGAGUGGUCUAAGCAUCUUCGUCCUGGCCUCUACAUUCUGUGACCAGAUCUCCAUGUACGGUUUCUACCCAAUGCCAUUGUACCAAAACAAGCGCAUCCCCUACCACUACUACGACAAGCACAUGCCGAGCGAAAGUCAUGACUUUGACGGAGAGUACGCCAUGAUACGUCAGCUGAAUGCCGACGGAGUUAUCAGACAUGUACUUGGAAAAUGCAAGCCUACAGCCGACGCGUCAAUAUGAUGACUGGCAAAGACUGUGUCCCACGUACAAAGAAGAUGUAGAGUACGAAUACCUAUAUAGUAUUUCGUGAUUGAAUGCCCAACUUAGAUUGAAAAGAGAACUAAAUCAAUGCAGACGAUAAAGUGUGAAUCAUUUCCCAAGACAAGAAGAGAACUAUUUCAUGUCCUUGUGGAGAAACAGUGGAACUUCACCUCACUGUGUCUCCUUUAACUAUUGUAGAAUAGAACCUAAGUGUAGUUUGUACUUGAUCUAUGUUAUCAGUACGUAGACUAACACUGGCAUUCUGGCUUUGUCUCACAUUGUACACUGUGUUUUCCUUCUAAUAUUGAAUAGCCUGGAAUGUACAUCUAAUAUUCCAGUCAGUAUUAGAUCAAUGUAUAUAGCUAGUUGUCUUAUACAAUACUUCACUAUGCUUUACAUUGUACCCGUUGCGAUUACUUAUUUAAGUUCGCGGGAUUUAAUUUCGCGGUAGCGGGAAAAAGGACUUUUCGCUGUGAAUUAAAUUUCGCGGUAACACAAUAGACUGCA